CGAAAUACAUUCAACAUUUAAUAAUUAUCAUUCUAUUAAAUUAAAAUUUAUCAUCAAUAUAUAUAUAAUUUUAUUUGAUCACAAUUGUGAAACUAAAAAAAAAAAAAGGUUCUCUUGACUUCAUAUUUUAAUAUAAAUUUGGUUGUGUGUGAAAAAUAUAAACCGUCGCUUGAGUCACGCGGUACACCGACGUUUAGAAGGCAGCCAUCUUGUAAUCCCUAAUCAAAGAUCUCUGCCUAGCGGGUUCUCGUUGUCUGGUUUUCUGGCCAGUUUAAUAUCAAACACAGUUCGUCAAAUGGCUUUAAAACGAAUUAAUAAGGAACUUCAAGAUCUCGGAAGGGAUCCACCAGCACAAUGCUCAGCUGGACCAGUAGGUGAUGAUUUAUUCCAUUGGCAGGCAACGAUUAUGGGACCACCUGACAGCCCGUAUCAAGGAGGCGUAUUUUUCCUUACAAUUCAUUUUCCCACAGAUUAUCCUUUUAAACCUCCAAAGGUUGCAUUCACUACAAGAAUUUAUCACCCUAAUAUUAACAGUAAUGGAAGUAUUUGUUUGGAUAUUUUGAGAUCGCAGUGGUCUCCCGCACUCACUAUAUCAAAAGUGUUGUUAUCGAUAUGCUCUCUGCUGUGCGAUCCAAAUCCAGAUGAUCCUCUGGUACCUGAGAUAGCAAGGAUAUAUAAAACAGACAGAGAGAAGUACAACGAAUUGGCACGAGAAUGGACGCGCAAGUAUGCCAUGUGAUGCGCCAAUAUCCACUGAUUUCAAAUCCCAAACACCACCGUGAAGCAAAUCCCAGCCUAAAUGCCACUUACAGAUCAGCACCAAUUUAAGAAAAAAAAAUUACAAAAAAAAAAAAAUACUAAAGAAAAAAAGAAAAAAAAACCUUAGCUAUGACUCGUCUGUUCUUAAAAAAAAAACACACACAAAAAACAUAAAAAAAAAAAAAUAAAUAAAGUUCCCAAUGCGUAAAAACAAAAUAUCAAGACACACACGCAGAGUGCUCAGGCUAUAAAAUGCGAGAGAUCAUUUUUAAAAGUUUUCCUCCGCCUUUGUACACUGCGAAUUUACCAAGAUGAUGAUGAUAAUGAUAAUAAUAAUAAUAAUAAUAAUAAUAAUAAUGAUGAUGAUGAUGGCGCCGAAUACUUUCGAGGCAAUUUUAAAUAGGUGGUCAUUUUCGACGUAUAUAAAUAUAUGUAUGUACAAUUUACCUAUAUAUAUAUUUAUAAGCGAUUUGAUGAAAAAAAAAAAAAAACAAUACAUACACACACACAGAAUUUGUCCGCUUGAAUUUUUUUUCAAAUUAAAAAAAAAAAAAAAAAAAAAAAAAAGAGAAAAAAAAGAAUUUUGAAUCAAAAACCGAAGUUUAUAGGAAUAAAAUGAAAGUAGGAUUUGUAAUUUUCGAUUGAAGUUUCGUUUUUUUUUUUUUUUUUUUUUUAUUUUUUUUAUUUUUUAUUUUUUAAUUGUUUAUGCUUGUGACAAUUGUAUUCUAGAUUUAAAGUAAAAUGAAAAACCUACUUUCUCAGUAUAAUCUCGUCAAAAUGAGAAAAUUGCAAAUUUAAACUGGCACGACAGUGCACUGAUUGUUAAAAAAAAAAAAUAUUUUUUUUUUUUUUUUUAUUUAAAAAAUGCGAAAUUGAGCCCGUGUCCCCCUUUUAGAUUGACGCGGUUACCUUUUUUGUAAGACUGGGCCCUACAUAAAUACUUCUGAAACUGAAAACAAA